AUGAUCAUCGCGUUGGACGAAAGUGGCGAAGCGGAAUAACAGGAAACACAGGGAACAGCUAGCAAAAAACUUCAAUACGAUCGGGCUAAAGCGGAAGAUGUUAGACUAAAAGCGAUAGAAAAGCUGUCAGAGACGAAGAAAAGAGGUUCAUCAGCGGAUGAAAGCGAUGACAAACCGAAGUGUCAACGAAUAAGUGGAGGUGAUGCUAUCGAAUACUUAGCUGAGAGAGCUAAAGUAAGUGAUCAACUGAAAGAGGAAGACCUAAAGACGAAGAGAGAUCAGCAAACUCUCUCGAGAGAAAACAUGGAGGUUUUGAGUAAACAUCAAAUUCAAAUGCAAAAGCAACAAGCAGAUAUGCUAAAACUUAUGCAGCAGCAACAGCAAGAAAGCCAACAGCAGUUACUCAACGCUCAAAUGAUGAUGAUGCAGCAGCAUCAGCAGCAGUCA